AAAAAGCAAGGAGCGAGGUGGGGGAAGGGACUCCUCCUAUAGGGUGUUGUCUCUCAGGGGAGGCGUGAGACUCCUGGCUGAUAAAAACUGGAGCUCAAAGUACAGCUGCAACUGGUGCUCUCUUGCCAUAAACUUUGAACAUUACAGUGUGUUUGCCUGCUACUAGUUGGCGAGGUGGUCUCUUGGCAAUGGCCCAGUUUGUGAAGAGCCACACUGCACCUGAUAAAGUGGUGGUGUUUGGGAAGAAAAGUUGCCCUUACUGCCACAAGGCUGUCGAGUUACUGGAAGAAUUUCAGCUGAAGCCUGGGCAUUUUGAAUACGUCGAUCUCUCCAGAGAAAGUAACGUGGAGGAGAUUCAGCAAUAUUUCAUGCAGCUCACAGGUGCCAGAACGGUACCUCGUAUCUUUGUUGGAGAAACCUGUAUUGGUGGUUUUACAGAACUAGAAGCUCUAAAAAGAAGUGGAAAACUUGAGCCCAUGUUAAAGAGAAUUGGGGCUUUGUGAAGAGCAGAGAUGCCUCUAGGCUGAGACUACCUCAUACUGCAACCCAAGUCUUUGGAAAUGAAACCGCAGUCGCCUACCUCCUGUUCUUUUCAUGUGUGGUGGUGUUUAUUGCAUGUUUCAACACAGAGCGGUGAUAGUGAAUGCAUCUAGUUUUCUUUUGGCUUGAUAAGAAUAUGGCCGCAAAUCCUUUUCACAUGUCUGUAUUCCUUUAUUCCUGUUAAUGUUACUAUUCCCCUUUUAUCCCUUUAUGUCUCGAUCCCUAAUCAACUGGGAAUGAUUAAAAGGGAUCUAGUAAAUAAAUGCUUGUUCCUUUAAAAAA